AAAUUUUACGCUAGUGGUAUCAGGACAGUAAAACUCAUACCCAACACCCAUAGAGUCAGUAGAUAGAUAGUGGGACUAUACCUUAAUAUACGCCUAGUAAGAGUAAUAUCAUUCCCAUAUAUACCAGGUAUAUUUGUAUUAAUUUCGGGAGAAUGGUAAAGGAGUAUAUUCCUCAAGAGGCCGAACUCAAUCCAGAGUUAUAUGGACUUCGAAGAUCAACUCGUGAAAGACGUACUGCCACAUUAUAUGAAAGUGAUGAAGAAGAAGAAGAACUUCCUAAACGAAAGAAGAAGAAAUCAGAAGCAAAUUUCGAUCAUGAAAUAAUGGACGAAGAUGAAGAAGAAGAAGAAGAAGAUGAAUUUGAAGAUAGCGAAGAUGAAGAAUUUAGUAAUUCUAAUUCGAAAUAUAAGAAGAAGAAGUCAGUAGGAAAUGGGAAUAGUAAGAAAACCAAUAAUAAGAGAAAUGUUACUCCUGUUAUACCUACCGAAGUUCGAUUUUCAUCCCGGAAUAGUAAGACUAUUAAUUAUAAUGUAGAUUAUGAAGAUGAUGAUUUAUUAGAGAGUGAAGAAGAAAUUGAUGAAGAAGAAGGAGAUUACUAUUAUUAUCAACAAGCCAAUGAACCCGAAGAUGAACGAGGUAUUGAUUUAGUCAUGGAUCAUAAACUUAAUGAAGAAAAUGCAGAACAAACUGGAGAUGCCAAAUUAGAUUAUUUAUUUCGAAUUAAAUGGACUGAUGCAUCACAUUUACAUAAUACUUGGGAGAAAUGGCUGACAUUAAAGGAUUAUAAAGGAUUUAGAAAAGUUGAGAAUUAUAUUAAACAAUUUAUUAUUAUAGAUCAAGAAAUUAGAACUGAUCCUUUAACUACUAGAGAAGAUAUUGAAGCUAUGGAUAUUGAACGAGAAAGAAAACGAGAUGAACAAGAAGAAUAUUGUCAAGUUGAAAGAAUAGUUGAAAGUGAAAGAAUUGAAGAUAAUGAAGGACAAUCUAAAUUACAAUAUUUUGUUAAAUGGAAACGACUUUAUUAUGAUGAAUGUUCAUGGGAAGAUGGUGAAGAAAUUGCCAAGAUUGCUCCUGAUCAAGUAUCUAAAUAUCAACAACGACUUAAAUCUAAAAUCUUACCCAAUCUAUCAGCUAAUUAUCCAUUAUCUCAAAGACCAAGAUUUGAAAAAUUAGUUAAACAACCAGUAUUUAUUAAGAAUGGAGAAUUAAGAGAUUUUCAAUUAACUGGAUUAAAUUGGAUGGCAUUUUUAUGGUCAAGAAAUGAAAAUGGAAUUUUAGCUGAUGAAAUGGGGUUAGGUAAAACUGUUCAAACCAUUGCAUUUUUAUCAUGGUUAAUAUAUUCAAGACGUCAAAAUGGUCCUCAUUUAGUAGUUGUACCAUUAUCUACAAUUCCUGCUUGGCAAGAAACUUUUGAAAAAUGGGCUCCUGAUAUUAAUUGUAUUUAUUAUUUGGGUAAUACAGAAGCUAGAAAGACUAUUAGAGAUUAUGAAUGGUAUAAUAAUUCUAAUUCUAAUGGGAAAAUUAAAUUUAAUGUAUUAUUAACUACUUAUGAAUAUAUUUUAAAGGAUAGAUCGGAAUUAGGAUCAAUUAAAUGGCAAUUUUUAGCGGUGGAUGAAGCUCAUAGAUUAAAGAAUGCUGAAUCUUCAUUAUAUGAAUCAUUAAAGGGAUUUAAAGUAACUAAUCGAUUAUUAAUUACUGGGACUCCAUUACAAAAUAAUAUAAAGGAAUUAGCAGCUUUAUGUAAUUUUCUUAUGCCAGGAAAAUUUGAUAUUAAUCAAGAAAUUGAUUUUGAAACUCCUGAUGAUGAACAAGAAGAAUAUAUUAAAGAUUUACAACGAAAGAUUCAACCAUUUAUAUUAAGAAGAUUAAAGAAAGAUGUUGAAAAAUCAUUACCUUCAAAGACAGAACGAAUUUUAAGAGUGGAAUUAUCGGAUAUGCAAACUGAUUAUUAUAAGAAUAUUAUAACCAAGAAUUAUUCAGCAUUAAAUGCUGGUAAUAAAGGUUCACAAAUCUCACUUUUAAAUGUAAUGAGUGAAUUGAAAAAGGCAUCUAAUCAUCCAUAUUUAUUUGAUGGAGCUGAAGAUCGAGUAUUAUCUCAUGCUGGUUCAACCACUCGAGAUAAUAUUCUUCGAGGAAUCAUUAUGUCUUCUGGUAAAAUGGUUUUAUUAGAACAAUUAUUAACUAGAUUGAAAAAAGAGGGUCAUCGAGUAUUAAUCUUUAGUCAAAUGGUUAGAAUGUUGGAUAUUUUAGGAGAUUAUUUAUCUAUAAAGGGGUAUCAAUUUCAAAGAUUAGAUGGAGGUAUACCGUCAUCACAAAGAAGAAUUUCAAUUGAUCAUUUUAAUGCUCCUGAUUCAAAAGAUUUUGUAUUUUUAUUAAGUACAAGAGCUGGAGGGUUAGGAAUUAAUUUAAUGACGGCUGAUACAGUAAUUAUAUUUGAUUCUGAUUGGAAUCCUCAAGCUGAUUUACAAGCUAUGGCAAGAGCUCAUAGAAUUGGUCAAAAGAAUCAUGUAUCAGUUUAUAGAUUUGUUAGUAAAGAUACUGUAGAAGAACAAAUUCUUGAAAGAGCUAGAAAGAAAAUGAUUUUAGAAUAUGCUAUUAUAUCUUUAGGUAUAACUGAUCCAAAUGCUAAAAGAUCUAAAGCUGAACCAUCAACUGAACAAUUAAGUCAAAUUUUAAAAUUUGGUGCUGGCAAUAUGUUUCUGGCCAAUGAUAAUCAAAAGAAAUUAGAAGGAUUAAAUUUAGAUGAAGUAUUAAGUCAUGCCGAAGAACAUGUAACCACACCAGAUCUUGGAGAAUCUAAUUUAGGAUCAGAAGAAUUCCUUAAACAAUUCGAAGUAACUGAUUAUAAAGCUGAUGUAGAAUGGGAUGAUAUUAUACCCCAAGAUGAAUUGGCUAAAUUAAAGGAUGAAGAAAAGAGGAAAGCUGAUGAAGAAUAUUUACAAGAACAAAUUGCCAUGUAUUCUAAACGGAAAGCAACCGUUAGAAAAUUUGAAAAUGGUUCAGUGGCUCCAAGUGAUAUUGAAGAUGAUGAUGGUGAAGAUUCUUCAUCAUCUAAUCGACCUAAACGUAGAAAUGCUGGAGAUCAUCAAUUAUCAGAAAAGGAAAUUAGAGGAAUUUAUCGAUCUAUAUUACGACUUGGAGAUUUAGCUGGUAAAUGGGAACAAUUAGUUGAAGAUGGUAGUAUAACUAAUAAAAAUCCCGUCUUAGUUAAACAUGCUUAUAAUGAAAUUAUUAAUACAUCUAAAGAAUUAGUUAAAGAAGAAGAAAUUAGAAGAACUAAAGCUUUAGCUGAAUUAGAAAAGAAAGCUCUUGAACAAAAGAAUAAUAAUGAAUCUAAUCCAACAGCCUUAUGGUUAGCCAAGAAAAAGGAAAAGAAAGCGGUAUUAUUUGAAUAUCAAGGAGUUAAAAAUAUUAAUGCUGAAUUAGUAUUAAGUAGACCAGUAGAUAUGAAACUUUUAGAAUCUUUAAUUCCUAAAGAAAAUCCUACAAGUUUUAUGUUACCAAAACAUCCCAAACAAGUAUCGGCAUGGUCUUGUGAAUGGAGUCCAAAAGAUGAUGCUAUGUUAUUAGUAGGAGUUUAUAAAUUUGGGUAUGGAUCUUGGCUACAAAUUAGAGAUGAUCCUAUAUUGGGAUUACAGAAUAAAUUGUAUUUAGAAAAUACUGCUCCUCCUGGAAAUCCUCAUGAGAAAGAGAAAGAAAAGGGAAAUGGAAAUGGAAAUGGAAAAGAAAAGGAAAAGGAGAAGGAAAAAUCAUCUAAGAAAGUCCCUGGAGCAGUUCAUUUAGGUAGAAGAGUCGAUUACUUAUUCUUAUUAUUGAGAGAAGAAGAUGAUCAUGGUAAUUCUACUCCUAUUCCAGGUAAGAAGAGAAUAAGAAAACCUAAACCAGAGGGUCAAACACCAUUAAGUAGCAACAAUAAUAAAGUUAAAAAGCCAGCAGCCAACAAGUCUCAAUCACCUGAAUUGGCAUUGAAGAAGAUCUUACCCAAGAAAUACAGUCAAAAGAAUUCUCCUGGUAAUUCCAGCACCAAUUCUCCUCGACUUGAUAACCAUCACCAUACCAAAGUCAAGCAUGAACGUGAACACGAACGUGAACAUCAUCAUUCACAUAAUGACUUGGAAUAUGAUAGUAUGGACGAAGGAGAUUGUAAAGUCACAUUAAAGCCUGUAUCUAAAUCGCUAAUUAGAUUACAUAAGGGUAAUAAGGGACUUGAUAAGCAUGAAUGGGCAGCUAUAUUACGUAAGGAAUUAUUAACUAUUGGAGAUCAUAUUGAGUCAGUAUUGAAACCUAAGAAAGAAUCAGAACGUUCUAAGAUAAACAAACAUUUGUGGUCAUACGCCGGACUUUACUGGCCAGCUAAAGUGCCCAGUAAGAAGAUUAACGAUAUGUAUAAUCGGGUUAAGAGUCAAGCUGGUCAG